AUGGCUCCCAGCACGGAAUUGAAGGCAUUGAUUGACAUUCUCCACGAGACCAAGAGCUUGUCAGCGGCGCACAAGCGGUAUCUGGAGGAGACGACAAUCCAGCUGCAACCAAAAAAUCAACAACAAGAGGAGGUUCAAUCACGCCUCCAGGCCGUGGUGGACUUGUACGAGCUUGCAGACCACAACGUGGUCCUGGUCCAAGAGGCACUUCAGGACGUCCGAGGCUCGCUGACCGUGGCCGCAGUUGCCAUGAGGAACUAUUCACGUAUCUCCUGCCCGCAAGGGCAGGCUUUCAAGCGGUCACUGUUUCGGCGCGAACCCACGGCGGCGCUCUUGGGCUGGCUUCGGCAUGCCAAGCUGAAGCUGCCAGCCGGUGUCCAGAAUCUCAUCGUCCGUGUACUCCUGGUAGCACUCAAGAAUGAUGGCUUCAAUAUCCUUACUGAUUCUCUAGACCUGCUGGUUUGGGAGGUACCUAACCGAGACAGGGGUAACGAUGAAGAAGACAGCAGCGAUGAUGAUGAUGAUGAUGACGACGACGACGACGAAGACGAAGACGAAGAGGACAGCGAAGAUGAUCAUAAGGAGGACGAAGAUGAGGCAAAUCAAAGACUUACCAUGGCCCAAAAGACACUCGCUACCCUGCGGCGCCUCGCGCUGGUGGUCGAGUACCCAGAAGAUAUCCAGCGCCUGCUGGAUCUGGGCUUCGAGUCUGCGGCUGCAAUUGCGGCCUGCGCUGUAGAGCAGUUUAUUCUGGGCUGUGGCGACGCCAUCCUUGGCAGCGCAGAGCAGAUCCACGCCCUCGCGAGUCUCAUCAACGCCCGAAAUGAGCGUUUGUGGGCUCAGGCCCGUGGCGCCGUCGACGAACCGAUCGCAGCGCUGCGGACGGUGAAUUCAUUGCAGACGGUGGAUUCGUUGCAAACAACGCAAUCCCUACAGGCGACGCAGUCAAUGCCCAAGUUGCACCCACAGCGUGCAGCUGCCGGCGAGGUCCUGGUCGACAUGGACAACGUGGCAUGCGAUGACUGCUGCUCCUUGCUAAGCCCGGCUGCUUACCUGGUGGAUUUACUACGCAUGCUCAAGAACACCUGGGUUGACCCGGCCAAGGGAGCCCAGGGGGGUAGCGUGCUUGACCGGCUAUUGCUGCGGCGCCCGGAUUUGCAAUACCUUGAGCUGUCAUGCGCCAAUACCAAGGUCGAGAUUCCGUACAUCGAUUUGUGUAAUGAGCUGAUGGAGACGCUGGUCGCGGAGCUCGAGGAAGGAAGCCAACCCAUGCCCCGUGCCAGCUCGUACAACUGCCACGACGGCGACACCGCAGCGGAACUGGUGGCCACGCCCCGGAAUAUCCACUGGGGGUUAUAUGACGACUAUGUCGGCCAGCUGGUGACCCCGAUGGCCUCACUCCCCUUCAACCUGCACAUCGAAGCCACCCGUCAGCUGCUGAUUGCUGUAGGUAGCUCCCAGGGCGAGCUGCUCUCCACCCUGAAGUCACCGCACCGGGCCGCUAGCAAGUCGGCGACGGCCUUGGAGCGCGUCGCCGCGGCCGAUGCACUGGGGCUCUCGGACUGGGAGUUUGCUGCCAUCACCAAGGAGGCUCUUCGGCCGUCCGAGCUGGCGGGCUCUGAGCAGCCGCAGCCACCAUCGCCGGUGCAAUGCUGGGGGUUCCCUGCAGAAACAACGAUGGCUACUCUCGGGGAACAGCUGGCCCUGAUCCAAGAGCAGCUACUGCCACGGGCAGGGAUCACUUUCAUAGACCUGGUCGCGGUGCUACAGGUGCCAUGGCUGCACGGGAAGCUUCUGGUGCAGAACCCGCAGACACCGGGCGAUUUCUCCAAGCUGGGCAAGCUGCGACUGCUGGAUACCCAGGGCCAGUCACCGUCGGAGAUACUCUGCGACAGGUUGGGUGCCUUUGUGCGUCUCUCGCUGCGGCUGGGUUGGUCGGCUGCCAUGCUGGAUCAGGCGCUGGAGGCCUGUCAUCCGGGGUACUCUGGCCAGAUCACCGGCGCCAUGCUAGUGCAGCUCGCUGCGAUCCGGCAGCUCGACACCCUCGGCGUCCAGCGACGCCUUCCCUUGCCGACACUACUCGCCAUCUGGCAGGGUGCUGAUGGGAAUGACGAUGACAAGGAGGAUGAUGUCAAAUCCCAUGGACUCUGCAAGUUGCUUGGUGUUCCCGAGGUCAGCGGGGCUCGGCUGCAGACCUUCCUGGGUGAUUCCUGGCCGACAGCUCUACAGGCUCCUUCCCACACGCUUGAUAUUUUCACGCGAUGGAACGCGGUGGUGGCCACAGGUUCGACGGCAGAGCAGCUAUUAAGCCUGGCAUCAUCGUCGCCCGAGGAGCAUCUCAGCGAUCCGCAAGUCCUAUCGGUGGUCACCAAGCUAGCCUCAGACAUGCUCAGCCAGCCCGCCAACAGGCUCCUGCCGUCACCUUUUCUCUUGGAACAGCUUGGCCGCCUGAAUACCGACGUUGAACAGCGGGUACUCGAGAUCCUGAUCUCCUCGCUAGCUACUCAAGUCGACAGUAUCCGCACGAUCCUGAAGCAGGAAGGGCGGCAGCAGCAGCAGCAGGAGCCAAAAAAUGAGCAGCCAGCAACCAGCGUGCCGGCAGCUCUCCUGACGGCGGUGGGCGGGUUCCAUCGCGAAUUCGUACGUGGCUUGGUGUUGAUUCGGCAGUCAAGUCUGUCGCCGGCCCUGCUCGCCCGUGUACAACAAUCCCCGGCCCUGCGACUGAACCCGUCGUGCUGGUCACUAGAUGAGGUCGAACGAGCUAUGCGGAUGGCCACCGCCCCGGUUGAGCUUCUCCUGUGGGCGGCCGAGACAAGCAGUAACACCAGCUCAACAGUUGAGGACUUCGAGAAACACGUUGCCGCCGCGCUCGGUGUAGCGCCCUCAUAUGCCCGGGCCCUGCUGGAUCUCAACUAUCCACAGAGCAAUCUGGCAAGCCGGGUAGCGCUGCUGGGAGCUGCCAGCAUCGCUGAACCGCACCGACUCGCACGCCAGGUAGGAUGGUUCCGGAAGUGUGGCUGGCCAGAGGAAAAACAUCUGCCAGUGCUGUUCGGCCUGGCAGAGCCUCAGCCACGCUUGUCGGGUACGGAGGCAAUCGUCACGGCGCUGGCGAGCCGGCCAGGGCCACUCGCAGCGAUGCACGAGGCGCUGCGCGAGCGCCGGCGUGACGCCCUGGUGCAGUAUCUGCUGCAGAAUAAGAUUGUGCGCGGGUGCAACGUGCACGACGCUGAUGCCCUCUUCGAGUACUUGCUACUGGACGUGCAGAUGGGGGCGGCGAUGCGCACCAACCGGAUGGCCCAGGCAAUCGCCAGCGUCCAGUUGUUCGUGCAGCGCUGUCUGCUGGGUCUGGAGCCGGAGAUCGCCGCAAAUUCGAUAAAUGUGGACCGCUGGGCGUGGAUGGGCCAGUAUCGCAUGUGGGAGGCCAACCGCAAGGUCUUCCUCUACCCGGAAAACUGGGCGGACCCGACGCUGCGCGACAACAAGACGCCGGCCUUUGCGGAGCUAGAGCGCGGGAUGAUGCAGAGCGAGCUCACAGAGGCGACAGUGACAUCCCUGAUCAAGACGUACAUCUUCCAGACCCACGACACGGCGCAGCUGCUCGUCCAGAGCUACUGCUGGGACCGCACCGCCGAAAAGAAAGCAUACGUUGUCCACCUCUUUGGCCGCACGCGCACCGCGCCCUUUGUUUACUACUACCGCCGAAUGGAUUGCCGCGUAGGAGACAAGACGGCGGUGCCGCGUUGGUCGCCAUGGGAGCGGUUGGCGCUCGACAUCCCAACCCUCACCACAGACGAGCACGGCCGGGGUUUAGAUGAACCGGGAACGUACCUCAUUCCCACCAUGAUGAACCAACAGCUGCAUCUCUUCAUCGCGCACAUCAGCUCCAAAACGCGGCCACUCGCUGACCCCAGCAACAACAUGUCGAAGGACGGCAAAUCCGUCGAGCCCGGAAAAGCACCGGAUGACUACUGGGAGAUCAAGCUUGGGAUGAGCAUCCUGCGGGGGACGCAGUGGUCUCCCGUGUGCAUCUCUCAUGAUAGCCUCUCGGUGGACCGGCUAGCUGGAGUCGACGAACAACCCGGGCUACCCUCAGUGAGUUCCUUCCACUUUUGGGAGGACAGAAUCCGUGUUACCGAGAUGGUGAUGGAUGAGGAAAACCCCGGGAUGACCAAAGACGUGUAUAGCAGCCGUCUGGCCAUCAAGGUCGGUCGCUGGGUGCUGAAAACUGGUCAACCUAUCGCAGUGCCCGUGGGCAGCUUCGAACUCAAGGGCCAUGAGAUUGUGGCCGUGAAGCCAUACACGCCGGAGGGAGUGGAGGUGAAAUACACGGAGACCAAGCAGACCGUCUUUGGGCGGUUCAUCUCCGAGCCCGGGUUUGCGAGCGACUUCAAGGCGGGGCAGCGUCCCUUCAUAACAGAGAAGAAGGAAACGGUCGUUAUGGCGGACAUGCCGGCCGGCAGCAUCCCCGACACCGCAUUGCGCAUCGCAAAAUGGACGACCUCGCUGGUGAGCAACCACGGGUCUACAGGCCUGGUGACCGAGGUCGCCCAGUGUGACUCGGACCGCGUUGAAGUGUGGAUGGCGGUGCGCAUGGAUAACAAUAAGGACAACGACAAGGAGCCAGCCGUCGCUCCAACGGCGGUUAGGAUGGACCACAUCGUGUCGCCAGCUCUGGUCCAGGCAGCGAGCGUGUAUGACGACAUUGCCGCCAUCUACCAGGCCGCUCUGCAGAAACCCAACGCCGUGCGACCCAAUGUGGCUGCCAACGUCUACGGCGGGUUCAACGAUGCGCCGUACAAGGAGACCGCCACCCCGGCAGCCAUCUACACCUGGGAGCUGGGGUUUCACGCCAUUCUGCUGCUGAUGGAGCGUCUGCUGGCUGUGCAAAAAUUUGACCUCGCCCUACGGGUUGCACGCCUGGUGUUUGACCCUUCCAUGGUCCAGCCGCAGGCGCAGAAUCAGACGACGGCAACAGCGGCCACGACGGCCUGUUGGCGGUUUGCCCCCUUCCAGGACAAAACCGUGACCGAGGCGGGCUCGCUGGUUGCACUUCUGAACAAUACCAAGCCCACCAGCGGUGUCGAGGACACCAUGGUUGAAACCGUGCUGGAGUGGCGGAAGAACCCUUUCAACGCGCAUGCGGUGGCGCGUAGCCGGCCUUUGGUGUACAUGAAGCGCGUCGCGAUGAAGUACGUGGAGAUUCUGAUCGCCGCGGGUGAUCACCACUUCCGGCAAUUCACGGCUGAGAGCAUCGCGCUGGCAAUCCAACGUUACGUGGAGGCCGCACACGUCUUCGGGCCUGCCCCGGCGCGCAUCCCCAAGAGCCGCGCCGCGGCGGUGCGCAGCUACGCGCAGCUCUCCAAGGAGCUUGACGACCUGUCCAACGCUCGCAUCGAUAUGGAGGUGCUGUUACCCUUUUAUCCGGGUGCUGGCAGCAGCGGCAGCAUGUCUACCACCACGGGUGGUGGGACACCAACGACCAUUAUAGGCGUUACGCCGACCUCAUACUUCUGCGUGGGCAUCAAUCCGGAGGUGGUCAAGCUGCGGACGAUGAUUGACGACCGCCUGUCCAAGAUCCGGCACUCGCUGGACAUCCACGGCCAGCUGCGUACUCCGCCAUCGGCAGGCGUGCCCAUUGACCCCCUCGAGGCUGGCCGGCGACUAGCGGUGUGGGGUCCAAGCGGCAGCACCACGACUACGGCGCCGCCUUGGGGGGGUGACGAUGACGGGCCGAUGCCCAAUUACCGGUUUGUGCAUCUGCUGCAAAAGGCGCUGGAGUUGUGCCAGGAGCUCAAGUCCAGCGCGGCCAGCUACCUGUCCAUCCGCGAUCGGCAAGACGCGGACGCCCUGGCGCUGCUCAGCGCCGCGCACGAGGCCACCGUGCACACGGCUAUGCUAGAGCUCAAACAGGGGCAACUCACUGAGGCGGAGAAAACGCUGGAGAUUCUGGAAGAGUCGCAGCGGGGGCCACGCCUCCGCCUCGAGUAUUUUGCCGCGCUGACUGGAGACGAGCUGGCGACGAAGAAGACGGCGGCAGCGGCGGCAGCGGACUUUGUGCCAAUCGAGCAGCAGCUGGUGCCCCUGUCCAAGUCGGUGGCGCGCUCCGGGCGAUUGGAGCUGGGGCACAUGAACGUGCUCGAGGCGACGGAGAUCGAGCAUGCCGUGUGGGCAGGUUCUUUUAAUGUAAUGGCAUCCGGGAUGGACGCGAUUGCGAGCGGGCUAGCCAUGCUGCCUGCGCUAUCAACCCAGAUGGCCCCCUGGGGUAUUGGGGUCAACAUCUCUGCCCCGCCCUGGGGCCAGCACUUUACGCUGGGGGCCAGCAACGCGCGGUGGCAGGCGCAGAGCCACAACGAGGAGAGCGUGCAGGCGGCACGCGUCAAUCGAUUACAGCAACAGCUGCAGGAACGCCGGCUCCAGGCCAAUAUAGCGGGUCUCGAGCUGCAGGGCAUCCAAAGGCAGGUGGAGCAGCAGAGGCAGCGCAUCGCCAUGGCCAAGAAGGAUCUAGAACUGCAGCGCACCCAGAUCGCUCACGCCCGCGCCGUCGUCGAGCACCUGCAGAGCAAAUGGACCCGCAAGGAGCUAUACAUCUGGCUGGACGGCCAGAUGCGCGAUCACCUCUACCAGACCUACCUGCUGGCCCUGCAGAUGGCUGGCCGCGCCGAGCGCGCCCUGCGCUUUGAGACGGGCGGUGUCUCGUCAUCUUCGUCCACCACGACCGCCGUCACCGGGGCGUGGGAUGCGGCGGCCGGCGGCCUCAUGGCCGGUGAGACGCUCUACCGCCGGCUGAAGCAGCUGGAGUGCGCGUACGUCGAGCACAAGCCGGCUGGCCUGGAGAUCCGGAAGAAUGUCUCGCUGCGCCAGGUGAAUCCGCUAGCUUUGCUAUCCCUGCGCGAGAAUGGCACAGCCUCGUUCUCGCUACCCGAGGCGCUCUUCGACCUAGACUAUCCGGGUCACUACCAGCGGCGGAUCAAGAGCGUGACGGUGAGCAUUCCGUGUGUGCUGGGCCCAUACGGCAGCCUUAACUGCACGCUGACGUUGACGUCGCACUGCUAUCGCAUCGAUCCUUCGGUCGACAGCGGAUACAAGUCCAGCGGGGAGCAGGACGCCCGAUUCCAUGUGGACAAGAUCCCCAUCAGCGCGAUCGCGGUGAGCCACGGGCAGAACGACAGCGGCGUGGCCAUGCUGGACUUCCACGGCGAGCGCUACAUGCCCAUGGAGGGCGCAGGCGCCAUCAGCACGUGGACCAUCGCCCUGCCCAAGAAGUACCGUCAGUUUGACUACCGCAGCAUCUCCGACGUGGUGCUGCAAAUCCAAUACACGGCUCGCGAUGGAGGGUCGGCUCUGGCCGAGGCUGCCACAACAGCGCUCACGACAUACCUGGAGGGCGCGGCGAAGAUCUCCGAGGCUGCAGGACUGUUUGCACUGCUCGAUCUUCCCAACGACUUCUCCAUGGCCUGGCACGCGUUCAAGAAGCAACCAUCCCAGGCGGUAUUGCCUCGCACCCUCCCACUGGGCAACCUGCCUAAUUUCGUGCCCUUUUAUGCGCGACAAAGCAACGGUUCGGUGACAAUCGACGAGAUUUAUGUCCUCCUCGACCAGAAGGCGGGCGGCGCCGGCGAUUCUAUCUCCUCGCUCAAGCUGUCAGCCAACGGCCACGAACUGCGUCUCUUGGACGACACGACAGACGUGAGAGAUGUUAAACUCCCUGGAAUGAAGUGCUUCCACUCCAAGGGCCUCACGGUCCCUCUGCUGUCCUCUGGCCUCUCCCUUACCUUUGACGUGAAAAAGGAUCCUGGAGCUCUGACGACGGAUGAACUGGACGAGAAGAGGGCAAAGGAUGUCACUGGACUGAUUGAUGGACUGACUCGAGGAUUUAUUCUCUUUCGAUACAAGCUAAGCUCGGGUUCUUCCUGGUGA